AUGCCAGCAGCACAAGCGCCUAACUCUUCCGAAGCGCAAACCCGAAAGCAAGGUCGUCCGCCUGCAUAUCACGCCUUUCCGCCCCGAGCUGCUCAAGGUCUACGUCGCGCCGCUGUCCUUCCCUCUGCGCAGAAUAUCUCGUACCAUACCGUUGCCACAUUCCCCGAGAAAGGUUUCGGCUACGUAGAGCUACCCGAACCUGAAGCUCAAAAGAUCAAGAAGAAGCUCAACGGCACAAUCUUGAGAGGCGCGAAGGUGCGGAUAGAGAUGGCGAAACCAGAGAAGCGCAAGGUGCUGGCAGAAGCCGACGCGGCGAAGGAAGUGGCGGAUACCGAACGCCCCUCGAAGCGCGCGAAGAAGGAGAAAAAAGAAAAGAAGGAGAAGAAAGAGAAGAAGAAGAGGGAAGAGGGCGUUCUGGAAGGUGUAGAGCUGCCAGACGACAGAAAGGUCAAGCGCGGUUGGACUGAGCCGUCGAAGAAGGACAGGAAGGAUAAGAAGGAUAAGAAAGACAAAAAGGACAAGCGUGGCAAGGAUGAGAAGAAGGAGCGGAAGCCUUCAAAGUAUACCAAAGAUGCUGAGCUGCUCUUCAAGGCGAAGCUGACACCCGUGGCUGCGACCGAAGCCGCGCACAAGGACGAGAAGAAGGUGAAGAAGGAGAAAAAGGAGAAGAACAACUUCCUGAAGCAACCACAGGUCGCCCUGUCAACGAAGCCUGCAGUCGACUAUGUCAAUGGUCAGGGUUGGGUCGACGAGGACGGUGUUGUUGUUGAGCCUGAGACUGGGAAGGCCAAGGCUAGGCGAGCUCUGGAACUGGACCAGAAGAAGAAGAAAGCUAGUCCUCCACCAUCAUCUUCUGAAUCUGAGGACGAAUCAUCAGUAGUUUCGUCUUCUUCCGAAGAUGAGGACUCUUCCGACUCCGAGUCUGAGUCGGAAUCAGAAUCAGAAGCCGAAUCGUCUGCAUCUUCUCCCGCUCGUCCUGUGGAAAGCAGGAAAACAACCCGAAGUCCAGCCAACUAUAUCCUCAGAGAAGGAGGUCCACCCCCUCGAAGCACUAUUCAAGCGCGCAAGCCCGCAGAUGGCGCAACGUCAACCCCCGCCAAGAAGCUCACUCCAAUCGACACAUCCUUCAGCUUCUUCGACAACAACGAAGACACGAUGGAAACAUUGAAUGGCGCGGGCCUCCGCAGCGCGGCACCAACCCCCGACACCGCUGGCCUCGGUCGCCGCUUCUCUUCGACUGGCGCAAAGAACAGCCAAGAAGCCGACGACGACGAGGACAUGGGCGACCUAGAUUCCCUCGCCGAACAACGCCUAUCUCAGAACACGCGCGCAAAUGCCAAAGCCAAGCUAGCUGAGGUCGCAGAAGAAGACGAAGAAGAAGAGGAAGAGAAUGCAGCGGCCGCUGGUGGUAAAGAGGAGAAGCCAGAGAGCGAGUUUAAGAAAUGGUUCUGGAGAAUCGGGGUGAUUUGA